GCUAGUGACAGAAAGGGAGAAUUAUUAUUUGUUCUCUUUCUGACGUUGAGGAUCUCAGAUGUGACACUAGUUAACCCCUGUCCCUGUGUCGCGGAGCACGUGGUCAUCUUUGGUCCUGAUGCUGUGACCGCUUUCCUAGGCACGCGCCGCGCAUUUAGGGGUGUGUUCACCGUGUACUGGGAAGUCUGGAUUGGAAUUUUCCUCAGCCUGCCAUUUAAAAGCCACACGCUAACGGUGGCGCAGCAGGCCGACUGUACGGCAAAAUAUGUAGGCUAGAAGGACACAGAGGACGGCGCGACUCGGUGUAGGUGGGUUAAAUGGGAAAUCUGAUGGGCAGUUUGCGCUACAAGGAGCCGAGAACUGUGGAGGAAUGUGACUCGACAUGGGAGUCAGACUCGGAAAGCGACGAGCAGCCGGGUGAUGAGGACAGCGGGAUAUCGGAGUGUGUCAGCCGGUUCGAGACAGGGAGAUGCGGCGAACAGGCGGACAUGUCCCCGAAGCUCUCUGACUCUGACUCGAAGUCCAGCACCAAGAUGAAGAGGAGUUUUUAUGCUGCAAAGGAUCUUUACAAAUAUCGCCACAGCUACCCGAACAACAAGGCUCCCCGGCUACCUAAUGACUACCGCAACCUCCGCUUCUACCUGAACAAGAUCCCUCUAAUACCAGACGGUAUCUUCAUUGAGGAGAUCCUGACCAAAUGGAGAGGGAAUUAUGACAAACUGGAGCACAAUCACACCUACAUACAGUGGCUUUUCCCUCUGAGGGAGCAAGGGCUCAACUUCUAUGCUCAAGAACUCACUCAGGAGGAGAUCAAGGAAUUCCAAAGCACUCGGGAGGCCAAGCGGCGAUUUCUGCUGGCGUACACACUCAUGCUGGAUUUUUACGGGAUCAAACUCCUGGAUAAGAGUGGGAAUGUCGCCCGAGCUUCCAACUGGCAAGAACGCUUUCAGCACCUCAAUGAGUCCCAGCACAACUAUCUGCGGAUCACGCGCAUCCUCAAGUCUCUGGGUGAGCUGGGCUUUGAGGCCUUCAAGGCCCCCCUGGUGCGUCUGCUGCUGGACGAGGCUCUGUGUCGGGGUACCCUGCCCAACAUGCUGCACAGCACCCUGGAGUAUUAUGUCUAUACCAUCCGUCUCCGCUCCCACCGCCGCAGCCUGCUCCGAUACGCCCGCCAGCACUACCAGCCGGCCAACACCUUCCUCUGGGGGCCCUCGGCCAGAAGGAGAGGAGCUGAGGCAGGGCCAGGAGGCAGGGUGGCAGAACCCACCCCAGAGAGGGAGAGGAGAGGAGGAGACCCCCAUAGGGCUUGUAGUCCACUUACGAAGAAGGACUCAGUGGGAGGGUGGGGUGGAGGAGGAGAUGGGAAGGGAACCAAGGGCUGUACCGUCUCCACCAAAACCCUCCAGGAGGGGGUGAUGGAGAGGGGUAGGGGGGACAGGGGCAAGUACAUUGAGACAGUUCCACUCUAGGACUGUAGGGAGAAUAGUUUUGGGAAGAAGUGGUGUAUGUGUGUCUUGAUGGAUUGGGUGGUGGGUGGGGGGGUCAUUGUAGCAAUACUGGCCCAUGCCAUGUUUUUAUGGACUCAAAAGUCGUAGCUAAGUUGUAGUAGCUAAGUUUAGUAUGCAGCACAAUCCUUAACGUUAAACUACUCUUGCAAUGUUUUCUCUCUGUCACAAUGUCUUUCUUCCUUUUGUGUAGAUUGACUGCACUUGGCAAUCCACUAAUUGUACAGAACCUUCUAGCCAAGCAGAUCACAUGUAGGGCUUAGUAUACAACAAGCAGCCUGAUUGGUUGGAAGUAUGAAACAAACAAUCUGAUAGGAUAUGAACAACUGCUUGACAGGGUGGCUGCUGUGUGGAAUCUUGCACCUUUGACAAUCUGUCUUCCUAUAUGAGAUAUCUCUGUUACUUCCUGGUUACUUCCUGAGCGAAUCUUUCUAUUGGCUGCUGAGCCUGGCGAUAAGGGUGAAACUUUGGCUGUCGGAUACCAUCUUCCUACACAAAGCAUUCUGUAGCUUUCAGAGCAGCCAAGCUAGUCAGACGCACAGACUCAUAUGAACUUUUCAGGUAUACUAUAAUGUGAUUGAUAAUAUGGGCUCAAGUAUUAAUACUGUAGCUAUUAGUGUGUGUUGAGACUGUAGUGUGUGUGUGCUAGGCAGUGUGUGUACUACUAUCUGAAGUGCCUCUUUUUCUAUUCAUCUUAUACUGGUUGAUUGUGUGCCGUUAGGGAUGUGUGUGUACUUACCAAUGUUUAAGUUAAAGGGUGUUUUCAUGUAUGAAUUUGGUUACCUGAUGGGUGUUAGUGAAAAGUUACAAUUUGCUUUCACAAGAACAGAACGUGACCAUUUCAGUGUACCGGUAUGCUUAUAACACGCAAAUAACUUGACGGCAGCUUGACAUAGCUCGUUUUUGAAUGGCACACAUUUCCUGAAUCCUGGACCAUUCUAUUGAGGAUGUGCAAGAAUUUAAUUUGAUCCGACUCCAGGAUGGUGAUAUGCCUGUUUUUUUUUUAUUGGGAAAAUAAAAUACAUAACUGUUGAGUGUAUGUAUAUACAAAUAAGCAUUUGUAUAUACAUACAGCCGGCCGCGACCGGGAGACUCAUGGGCGGCGCACAAUUGUCGCAGCCGGCCGCGACCGGGAGACUCAUGG